AUGACGGCAGAUGAUGAGGAUUUCAUAGUCUGGGAAAUAACAGACGCUCACGAUUUCUGGAAUGAGCUAUCCGAAUAUGGACAUGCGCCAGAUGAUGUGACAGUACUAGAGCUCGACGGAAGACUGAAAAUGUUCCUCAGAUUGUGUGGACAGUACCACACCAGAUACCUCACAGAUAGUUUACAAUUUAGAACAGCACUGGAGUUAAUGGUGAAUUCGGAUUUAUUCAGAUUCCAUUACGUCAGAAUGGAGAGAGUUUUGAUAGAUUUCAUUUUAAUAACACCGGACCCUCAUCAGCUGUUCGUUGCAUAUGAAUUGUUACUCCGAUAUGGUCAGUCUAGCGAUAAAUUCUUCAAGGAUUGCACCUCAUGGAGGAAAUUACUGCCAUACUGGCUUGACGUCAUUCGAAAUGUACAAGACGGCUACUUUGGAGAAGACGACGAUGGAACUGGAAUCGCUCCUAUAGAAAUAAGACUACGAUAUACAGUCAUUUGCUUACUCUAUGAGAUAAGCCGAGCACAAAAAUUAUCAGAUGAAGAUCUAGCUACCUUUAAUUCUUCCUUUCUCGAUCAUUUAUUUGAUUUAGUCGAGCUCACACGGGAUGAAGCUGACGAAUGUUUCAAUUAUACCAUUAUUAAGCUCCUCACUUCGCUUAAUGAGCAAUACAUGAUACGCAAUCUUGAUAGUAAUAGUGUAAGAUCACAACAUUUACAGAUAUCCAAUAAUCUCGUACUUAAUGUACUCACACGCCGGUUGGGAACUUCCAAGACAUUUGGCGAGAACUUGAUAUUCAUUUUGAAUAGAGCGAGUGAUUGUAGAGAAGACAUAUGCGUUAAGCUACUCGUAUUGAAGAUUCUCUUUUUGUUGUUUACCACUGUGGGCACUGAAAAUUACUUCUAUACGAAUGACUUGAAGGUUUUGGUGGAUGUCUUCAUACGUGAACUUGCAGAUUUACCUGAUGAGCAGGAAGGAUUGAGGCAUACAUAUUUGCGUGUUCUCUAUCCGCUGCUUAACAAGACCGUGAUUAAGGACGCCGACUACAAGACUCUCGAAGUUCAUAGCUCACUCUGCGCAUUAGUUAAUCAAACAAGGCUGCGCGACGUAUCGGCAACAACCGCCAGACUACAACUGCUUCGAGAAUCUACCAAUGCCAUCGAGCUUUUCAACGGAGUGCGGUCCAACGACACCCAAUAUGGUUGCUCUCGCAAACGACUUCACGACAGCGAGAAGAGAAUUGCGAGCUACACAUUCUACAAGUGAUUUAAUAGCAGGUUUGAGGCCAGAGACUUUGCCAGUCAUAUCAACGGAUGUGGAUAUUCUCCGUGAAAGCAGUCCUAGCGUUUUACAAGAGGUGAACGGAAAAAGUCAGAGUCCUAUAUCUGCGCCAGCUUCAACGACUGAACUUAGCCGAGCUAGCGUAGAUUUUGGUACCGUCAGGCGAAGAGCGCCACCACCGCCUCGGCCUUCGAGUUUGAAUAAACCAAGAAGACGUUUUGUGUAUGAUUGAAUUAGAUUGAAUUUGUUUCUG